GACCCUCGCCAUGGUGGACGUGGACGUGCCUCUCUCCCUGCUACAUUUUCACUCUUUUCACCAUGUAAUUCGCCACUGAGACGCAGAGGGACCUUUAAGAAACAUGAUCCCCGCAGCUACCGGGUUAAAUUCCUGACAUAAAAAAAGUGUCCAUAAACACACCAAGCCACAAUGGAGGAUGAACCCCCAGUGAGCCGUGCGCGCUGCCCCAGCCUGGCCUGUGGGUGGCUGUGUGCGCCGUCCACCACCACCACCUCCGUCACAGCCGCCACCACCACCCGGGAGGCAGCACAACACUAACAUGGCAGAAACACAACCAAGAGGCAGAAAAACGUGCUGAAGAGAACAACCAGAAAUUGAUUGUUUUGUGCCGUGAUGGAUCAUUGAAACACGAACCCCUCCGUCAUGUUUAAAGACUUGUGCUAGACCCGCUUAGAAGGCUGAGAGUGAUGUUUUUCCUAAGUCAAGGCACCAAGGCAGCAGAGAACGGAGAGGCGGAGGAGGCAGGGAGGGCACUACUGGGUGAGCUAUUCCCUUAGUGCCAUCGCGUAGUGUCGUACCAGUGCCCUCGGCGUCACUACCCCCUGGCCACAGCUAUGAAUGGGGACGCGGGUGACGCCCCUACCCUUGCCCCGUCCACCACCACCACUGCUGCUGCUACUCCAGUCAGACGAUCGGCACGGACUCGCAAACCGAACUCGCGAUUUGCAGAUGACGAGGUCGGGGGUUGCUUCAAGAAAAUCGUCUCUGGUAUAGGGUCCCCAGAAGCUACCGCCCCCGCCCCCUCCCCUACCCUAACCCCAGGCCGCCCCAGGAAAGCAACGGGGCGGAGGAAGGACAGCCGGAGCGACGACCGUAGCGAUGAGGGAGAGGAGAGGGGUGAGCGAGGGAGGAAAGACAGCAGGGAGGAGGAGAAAAGUGAGGAACUGGAGGAAAGGAGCGAACGAGGGAGGAAACUAAGUGAGGAGGCAGAGGAGAAGAGUGAGAAGAGGAGGAAGGAGGAGGUGGUGGAGGAGGAGAGAAGUGAGGUAGUGAAGAAACCCAAGCAGAAUGAGGAGCAAGUGGAGAGCGUGGAGGAAAAAGACGAGCGGAGGAAAGAAAACAGGAGUGAGGACGUGGAGGAAAAACAGGAACGGAGGAGAAAACUUAGCGAGUCCGAGAAGGAGGAGAAGAGGAGGAGAGACAGCCAGAGCGAGGAGAGAGAGGAAAAACCACCCACUAACUCCCUCCACAAUGGCUUAGAGGAAGUGGAGGAGUUCGUGAGGAUAACCAGGAGUGGGCGGAGGGAGGAAGACCCACGGAGGAAACCAAUCAGAAAGAGAGGAAAAGGGAAGGAUGAUGAACGCGAGGAGAACGAGGGAGUAGCGGACAACCCUAAGAUCGCACCUUCCGAAGAUAAGAGUAGAGAUUCCCCUGCCGGUAAAAUCAGUAAACCAGCGACUCAGGAGGGGAGCAGAGCAGUUGAGGAGUCCCCACACACCCCCAGUGAACCUGCAAAAAAGACGGACAGUGAGAAAGGCAACAGUGAUAAGGAGUGUGUCCAGUCACCCAGUGUAGGGCUCGGGGUGAAGGGUGUGCGUGAGGGUGCGGAUAAGAACACAGACUCACCCAUGGACGUAGAUCCCCCACCUCAUCUGCAGAAGAAGGAGGAUGAGGAGAACCCAUCGUCGCAGAGAGAUACCAUGCACAGGAGGCUGCAGGGACAGGUCGUGACGGUUAGCCUGACAAGACUGACCAGAAUGAACUCCACUGCAGCCUCCACUCCACCCACUACCUCCACCACUGCCACCACCACCACCACUCCUGCUGUCUCCACCGUCACCAGCACCACCACACCCACCACCACUAGUGUAGCCACCACCACUGCACCUGCUAUCACCACCUCCACCACCACCACCAAGAUCACCACCAUCACCAGUCACCCCAGGCAGCCAGCACCCAAGCUCAUCCCCCCCCAAGCACCUGCAGAACCUCCCCCAGACCCCAGACUUAACAGGGGACAAAGGAGCAACUUAGUGACACUCGUUGGAGGCCCAGCGUCACCCAGAGCCCCAAGUACGCAAGGCAAUGACCCCAGCGGUACCUCCCCCCCGUCCAUUCCUCCGCCAUCCCCAGCCACAAGGGGGAAGGAGGGUGUUGUCUUAGCCCCAGGGAGUGGACAGGAUGCCAAGGACAGUGCCAGGGGGUGUGAGAAGGGUGCCAGCUCCCCACAGAAGGUAAAAAGUGCGAGUGUGAUGGAGAAUAUACCCCUGCCUUCUGCUUCCCUCGCCUCCAUGCCCUCCGCCCCCUCUGCCUCCCCUUCCUCACCCAGACACAGCAGGCAGGAGGAGGAGGCACUAAGGAAGGCAGGAGGGAAGAGGGAGAGAAGUGAGAAGGAGGACAGUCCAGCAAAACCCAUCAAACCAAAGGAGGAAAAGGAGCCGGAGAUAACUUCACCUCAGGCUAAGAAGAGGAAAGAGGACCAGAAGGAGGAGGAGACUAGAGAAGAGAGCAAACAAGAGGAGACGAAGAAGAGACUCGGUGACGCCAAGGAGGAGGACCAGCGGAAGAGGAGGAAAGUGGAGGAGGAGGAGGAAGAGGUGGAGAGGCAUGGCACACCCACACCCACAUCACAGAGGGAAACACCACACUGCCCAACUUUAGCUGACAUCCACAUGCCCCCUGAACCGCCCCCUGCCCCAGCCACACCAGUACCUCCCCCAGUGCCACCUCUACCCAAGAAGCCCCCAGUCACACCCCAGGACUCCCCCAGAAGCAAGAAAGACGCAGUACUGUCCCCCAGGGUAGAGCGAGAAGUCCCACGCGAGAAGGAGUCCCCCACACACAACAGGGACUCACAAAGAAGCGGGAAUCCUACUCGACCCCUGGAAAAGGAGACACCCAGGGAGAUCAAGGACUCCAGGGAUGAGAAGGACGCUGGGAAGGAGCCAUUGAAGGAUAACACAAACUCCCUCAGAAGCGUUGAGAGGGAGAAGAGCGAGGAGGCGGUAGAGCAACGCAGCUUGAGUGAAAAAGACGCAAGGGAAGACUCAGGAAAUGGAGGUGAUAAGGACGAGAUAGAAGGCAAAGAAGAGGUGACCAGAGGAGACAGAGACACAGUGAAGAGUAAAGAAACCAUUAAGAGUGACAACAAAGACCAGAGCAAGACUGAGACUAGAGAUAAGAGCAGUGAGAGAGAUGCCGUCAGGGGAAGAACGGAGGCUGCCACAGUGGACAGAGAAGCAGGCCGGGGAAGGAGCGAGAGGGAGAGGGAGACGAACAGGAGUACCAGAGACCAAACCAGGAAGAGGGACGACCAAGUUAGGGACAGAGAAGUGAAUAGAAGCGAGAAAGAGGAAUCGCAUCAAGGGGAGAGAGAGAAAAACAAGAGCAAAAGGGACAGUUCAAAGGAGGAGAAGGAUGAGAAAGAGUCCGUCAGCAAGAGAACGCAAAUCACAAACCUUCUAGACAUACCCAUGCCCUCGGACACUCCACCUACCCCACCUACACCACCUACCACUAUCACCACCCAUAACACCAACACACAGGACACCCUCACCUCCAAGGGCCUGUUCUCCCACAACGCCGAGGACCAGGGAGGCUUAGGGAGCUUUCUCGGCUUCUCCUCCUCCAGCACAACCAUUCCCUUCCUCGAGGACACGGCAUCGCCAGCCUCGGAGUGUGAGAUACCCGGGCUCUCCAUCAUCGCCUCGUCCUCCCCCAAGACCAACGCCCCAAAGAAACCCGCCAAGGAUGACCAGUCGCAUAGGAGCUGGUUUGCAUUUAGGGGUGGCCGCAGGAGUCAGACAAACGGGCAAUCGGAAACGCAGAGCAACGGAAGUGACAAGGAGAAUAAAAGCAAGGAGGAGGAGGAGGAGGAAAGCAAGGAGGAUGAAAUACAGGAGAUUCACAUGGAGGAGAUAACCAAAGCAGAACCGAUGGACUUAGAAGAAGAGGAGGAGGAGGAGGAGGAGAAGGAGAAGGAAAUGGAGGUGAAGGAGGAGAAGGAAGACAAGGAGGAGGAAAAAGCAAAAACAGAAGUGGUGGAAGAGAAGGAGGAGGUGAAGAAGGAGGAGGAGGUGGAGGAAGUGGACGAGGAGCAGCUGAGGAAGGAAGCGGAGGAGAGGGUGGCGCGGAACAGGGCUGUGGUGGAGGAACGGCUGCGGAGCUUCACCCACCUGGAGGAGAAUGUGUACAUCUGUGAGCGGAAGAGGAGCAAGCGGAACAAGGAGGUGCGUCGGAUGGUGUGCGACUGUUCCCUGACCAAAGAGGAGGUGGCGCGGGGAGAGGUGGGCUGCGGGGAGGACUGCCUCAAUCGUCUCCUCAUGAUAGAGUGUGGUUCCCGGUGCCCUCUCACGGAUCGGUGCACGAACAAACGCUUCCUGAACCGCCAGUAUGGGGACGUGGAGGUGUUCAACGCGGACGAGAAGGGCUGUGGCUUACGCGCCCGCUCGGACCUACCGCCCGGGACCUUCAUCAUGGAGUACGUGGGCGAGGUCUUCGACACGCGGGAGUUCAAGCGUCGGAGGAAGGAGUACGCGAGGGACAUGCGGGCCCACUUCUACUUCAUGGCCCUCAAGUCUGACCAGCUGAUUGACGCUACUCGGAUGGGGAACAUCUCGCGUUUCAUCAACCACUCCUGCGACCCCAAUGCUGAGACGCAGAAGUGGACGGUGAAUGGUGACCUCAGGAUUGGCUUUUUCUCCAAGAAGCACAUCGAGGCGGGAGAGGAGAUUAACUUUGACUACAGACUGGAGAGAUAUGGCCGUGAGCCCCAGAAGUGUUACUGUGGCACCGCUAUCUGCCGCGGUUGGCUCGGGGAAUCACCAGACGAACAGACCAAGGAGGAGAAGGACGAGGCACGGCGGAAGGAGGAGCGAGACAGGCGGAAGAGGGAAGAGCGGCGAGCCUACUUUGAGGACAUUGAUGUAAGAAAGCUCGAGGAUGAGAUCGAGAAGCUCAACUCCCACAAGCUUCGGAACAGACAGGAUACGCUCAACCUCUCCCGACUCAUGGUGCGCGCCGAGGACUUCAGCUCGCGCGUCAUGCUCCUGCAGCUCCUUCAGACGGGCGAGCCGGCGUGUCGUAGGCUCUUCCUCGACUACCAUGGCCUCAAGGUGCUCUGGUCCUGGAUGGCGGAUCUUGGGCUCUCCCGCCAACACACGGCUCUCAAGGUGGAGAUCCUCAAGACCCUGGAGGUCCUUCCCAUCACCAACAAAACGCAGCUCACCGACAGCCGCGUUCUCUCCCUGGUGGAGCGAUGGAGCGGCCAGGGGGGGUGCACGCGCUCCUCCACCUCCUCCACUAGUCUCUCCCCGCCCCCGCCACCGCCCCCACCACCCAAGACCAGCGAGGCCGCCCUACCCCCGCCGGCGCCGAACCUUCCUGCAACUCCUGCCUCUGCUGCUGAAAUGGAUCCGAGUAAUAAAAAGUCGAGUGACACCAGUGAGGAGUCAGAUAGCGAGACGGAGCCCAAGUUACCCAUCGAGGGCUCCAGCGCGGACGACAGCAGCAUGGACUCAGAGGUGGAUAACCCCAAGACAGGCAUGGAGGAGGAGAGCAGCGACUCCAAUGAUGCCAAGGACACCGCCGCCGCUGCCUCCUUGAUCCCUGGGGCAGAGGAGAAGCUGAGGGCGGAGGGACUGUCGGACGAGGAGAAGGAGGUGCAGGAACUUCUGGAACUGCACAAGUCGAUGGUGGAACUAGCCCAGAAGCUCCUUGACGCCUGGAAGAACCUCAAGGAGUUCUUCCGGAUCCCCAAGAAGGAGCGGAUCGAGCUGAUGAAGGAGCACGAGAGGGAGGUGGACCGUGGCUACAAGGAGUAUCUCGACCAGGCCUCCGAGAGCGACCGGGACUCCGAGAGGGACAGGGACCGCAGGGACAAGGACAGGUACAACCGCCGGGACCAUCACUACGACAGGCGGCGGCGGUCCCCAGACAGAGAGAAGGACCGCUACUCAAGGGUCCGCGGGUCAUCCAGGGAAGACCGGUCAUCAGACUCCCCGAAGAUGUCCAAAGAGCAGAGACGACAGCUGUUUGAACUCAAGGUUCAGCAGCAGGAGGAGGAGGCCAAGCAGAGGAAGAUGCAGGAGGAGAUGUGGACCAUGCAUGUAGACCGGUGCCGUCUCUUGGGCCAUGACCCGUACCUCACCCCCAUCUUUGACCCCACCUACCAGUACUUCUGGGACCCCGUGGCCGCCAACUGGCAGCCCUACACUGGAUCCGUGUGUGUGUUGCCAGACCCCAACCUGCCGGUGCCUGCCGCCUACGGCCUCAACAAGGGCGAGGGCGACGGCUCCCCCAUGACGCUAGUGAUGGCUGGGGCGCAAGGCUGCCGCCUCGGGGGGGCCGGAGAGCUGCCGGGGCUGGGCCAGGGGGGGCCCGACGACCCCCUCAACCCUGCCAACAUUCCACUGCCAGGGGAAGUACCGAUGCUGCCCCCUGGCUCCCCCUCCCAGGGUGUGGAUGGCACACCGCCACACGCUGCCAAGCUUAUGUCCAUCCCCCUGCCAGGCGAGCCAGCGACUGUGGGCCUGGAGGGUGUGCCUGGCCUGGGGGGCGAGGGCGCGGAGGUCCCCAGCGCCAUCACCAUCCACCUGCCGGCACGCUGGCGUGUGGCACGGGAUGCCGACGGACACGUCUACUUCUACCACGUCAAGACGCGCAUCACCCAGUGGGAGCCACCCACCAUCCUCACGCCGGGCCUCGCCUCAGACUCAUCCUCGUCAUCGUCCUCAUCGUCUGACUCGGACUCCAGCAGCACCACCGACAGUGAAGACUUCUCCACGGAAGAGGAGGAGGAGGAGGAGGCAGCAGAGGAGGUGGAGACGGUGGAGCGCAGUGAGGUGUCCAACGAGAAGAUGAUCCGCCACCCGAAGAACUCCAAGCGGCGGCGGUCGGAGGCGCUGGUCCAGGAGAGGGUCAUCAGUCCCAUCCUGGAGAUCGACAAGGAGGCAGCGAGGAGAGAGCGAAGGGAGGCAAAGGAGCGGGCACGGGAGGAGGCCAGGCAGGAGAGGCAGGAGGAGCGAAACACAAGGACGCAGAAGGAGGAAAAGACCCAGCAAACGACUGACCAGCAACAGACGGAGGAGGAGGUGGUGGUGGCGGUACCAGGAGAGAGGGAGAGGGAGAGGGAGAGGGACAGGGAGAGGGAGAGAGAAAGGAGGGCGGAGAGACACGAAGCGAGAGCCAAGAGAGAGAAGGUAAAGAGCAAGGAACGCGCAGCCACUGCCAUCGCCGACAACAGCGAUGCAGCACGCAAGAUCAAGGACACCUUCCGUUCCAAGAUGGCAACCUUCAUUGUGUCGGUGCUGAACCCGUACAGGCGCGGGGACUGCCGGGAGGGGAAGAUCACCUGCACCGAAGACUUCAAGUACCUGGCACGCAAGCUGACACACUUCGUCAUGGUGAAGGAGCUCAAGCAACUACACAGCAUUGAGGCUUUGGAGUGCAGCGACAGUGUCAAGCACAAGACCAGAGACUUCGUGCGCAAGUACAUGAGCAAGUACGGCUCCGUGUUCAAGCGCGACCCCAAUGACACCAAGGAGUACUGAGGGAGGUGGUGCAGUGACCCAUCCUAGAGUGUCUUGGGGUGUUGACUGUGAUUUGUAAAAGGGGAAAGUCAGAUUCUGCCACCCUCUCACCCCAUGCCCUGCACCCUAGACAUCCCUGUUGCUGCGGGUCAGGUCUGCGUCUGCCACUAACAGGGUGUACAAGAUGGCCUGGUUCUGGGCCGUCACACCCUCUCAUCCCUCGGCCUACACCCCAGAUAUCCAUGUUGCUGCUGCCGUGUAGAGUGAAGCUAGGUGGAAGGAAGGCAAGUGGAGAGUUUUCAGUGUGUGUCCUGUGAAGUGAAGGUCAUUCCUCCUGCCUCUCCAUGAGUUUGACAAAGGCUGGCGAAGAUGCGACGGUAACCUGACGGACUUGCUUGGUUUAUUUAUUUCUUAUUCAUCCUUCGGCGUGACCCUCGAGAAGCGUAAAGGUGGAUUUUGAACGAGACAACUUGGGAAAGGAAAGGUAACACUGAACUGCUACACACUGGCUGGGUUCAACUUAUGGCCAAAGAUUGUUAUUUCGGAGGCGACAGCAAAGGACUGAUCACGCCUCCAGGAACAUACAGUUAGUUGUGUAGAAAAUCCACACCGGACCAGCUUCAAGUGGCUAGUGUAUUUUAUUUUUUCAAGGCUGUGUUUGCUUCUCUGCGCCUGGCCCCGAAUUAACUAUGCGAUAAGGAGUGUGCCUUGGCCAGGGUGUGCGGUGUGGACAGGGCAAAGUGUGGCGGGGGAGGAGUGUGCAAGGGAGCAUUGAUUGGUACAACAUUGACGGUACAAAGCAGGCGAAAACAAUGCAUACUAAGGUGUUUUAAUUCAUGCAGCCAGAUCACAAAAAAGGGAUUAGAUGUGAAGUGUGUUUAGGACCCUUUUUCUUUUCCUUAAUUUAUGGGAUGAGGAUAAACAAUACAAAAGGACAGUAAACAAAUGGGAUUACAUGUGAAGUGCGGUAUCCUUUUUCUUUUCCUAUUUAAUUCAUCGGAUGAGAGAAAACAGUUUAUUGGGUUUCACAUUUUAACAAGGAAGGUCGAUAGACGGAUUGGGGUUAUGUGGCCAUGGCGUCGCAGUUGUCAGGGUCACACGGCACCGAGUGUGUACGGAAGGUGCGCUCAACGUCUUGGUGAGUGAAGAAGGAGUGCGAAAGGAGACACACCCAAACUUGAGUCCUGGUCAUUAAAUAAAAGAGUGGCUCCAGUCCCCAUGUUUUUGGUGAGUCUGGUGGGUCGCUCCGCCUCAGGACUGUUACAUAUGCGGUCAGGAAUUACGCUCUUGACAUAUCGUAAGGGACACACAGAAGAUAUUUUGUUAGACACUUGGAUGUUCUCAAAGGACGCACAUACUGACAGUGACGAAGAUGAUGAUGACACGAAUAGCAAUGUUACGCGUGGUGAUUUUAUAACCGACGGAAAAUAUGACGCAGAUAAAAAUUAAUGAAACGCGACUUUUUACGAUGGCUUCUCCGAGGUUGUGGAGCAAGACGUGUCCGAACAUAGUAUAAAUUCACUCUGGGUGUUCCGACUUAAUGUGUAAGAAGUUUUCUGUAGAUGUUGUUGUUAAAUGUACAUAAUUUUAUGGAUGAAAAAUUAAAAAAUGAGAUACUGCC